UUGACCAAAAAGGCCGUGCUGGCGUUCUCCGGGGGACUUGACACGUCGGUCGUCGUAAAGUACCUGCAGGAGAAGCACGACAUGGAUGUCGUAACGGUCACAGUCGAUGUCGGCCAGGGCGAUGACUAUGCGUCAAUCGACGCAAAGGCCAAGACCCUUGGGGUGCGCAAGCACUACACCAUAAACGCAAAGGAGGAGUUUGCCCGCGACUACAUCGUCCCCUCGAUCAAGGCAAACGCGCUGUACCAGAAGAAGUACUGCCUGGCAACGGCCCUGGCGCGCCCGCUGAUCGCCCGGAAGCUCCUGGACAUCGCAAGGGUGGAGAACGCCGACGCGCUGGCGCACGGCUGCUCCGGCAAGGGAAACGACCAGGUGCGCUUUGACAUUACCAUGAGGGCAGGCUCUGACCUUCCCAUCAUCGCCCCCAUCCGCGACCUGAACCUGGACCGGCCGGCGGAGCUGGAGUUUGCAGAGGAGCACGGCAUACGCAUAGACGGCGUGGCCAAGAAGUUCAGCAUAGACCAGAACCUGUGGGGUCGCGCCCUGGAGGGCGGCGUGCUGGAGGAUCCCAUGAUGGAGCCCCCGGGCGAUGCGUUCAUCUGGGUAAAGACCAGGGAUCUUCCCGACGAGCCCAGCUACCUUGAGAUACAGUUUCAGAGGGGGGUUCCCGUUGCGGCAGACGGGAAGACACUCCAGCCCGUGGAUCUCAUCGAGUACGUCAACCAGAAAGCUGGUGCCGCAGGAGUGGGAAUAAUCGAUCACAUAGAGGAUCGCGUGGUGGGGAUAAAGUCCAGGGAGGUGUACGAGACGCCCGGCGCGUCCUGCCUCAUCGAGGCGCACUCGGACCUGGAGAAGAUGGUUCACACGUCACACCAGACCCGGCUCAAGUCCAUACUGGACGACGAGUGGGCCCGGCUUGCAUACUCGGGGCUCUGGGAGGAUCCCCUCCGAAGGGACAUAGACGCAUUCAUUGAGAGCUCCCAGGGCGCGGUCUCGGGUACCGUGCGCAUAAGGAUGCACAAGGGAUCCAUGAGGGUGGUGGGAAGAAGCUCCGAGCACUCCCUGUACAGCCGCGAGGCGGCCACCUACGGGGCAGAGUCCUCCUUUGACCAGCGGCUUGCCCGCGGCUUUGUGAGCCUCUGGGGGCUGCAGUCAACAGAAGCUAAUAAAUUACAAGAAGGAAGGCUGAAAAAAAUAUGA